AUGGCCGACCAAGUGCCCUCCAACGCCGAGAUCCAGAAGACCGCCGAGAGCGUCAAGCAGGAGAUCGAGGUCACCAAGAUGGAGACCGAGGGCCUCACGGGAGUGGGCGAGAAGCUGCUCGAUGACGCCACCAAGGUGGUCGACAGCGCCGAGCGCCUCGUGCUUGAGAAGAACCAGGGCGACAAGCUGCAGAAGCUGGCCAAGGAAGGCGAGAAGGCCGCCGAGGAGCUCAAGGAGCAGGCCGAGCGACUCAAGCGCAUGCAGGCCGACACUAUCAACCAGAUCGACUCGGACCGCAUCAAGGACCUGGCCAACCGGCUCAUCGAGACGGCGCGCCUGGCCGGCAUGGAGAUCAUGUCGUCGCCCAGCUUCCGCCAGACCAUCAACGACAUGGUGAACCUGCUGGGCGACAUCGUCUCCGACUCGGUGCAGGACACCGGCAGCAGCACGGGCUCGGGCGCCAUGGCCAUCGACACCACGCGGCUCGAGGAGAAGGCCAAGGGCACGGCGCGCGAGCUCAAGGAAUCCGAGUCGCUGGGCGAGGCCAAGGCCAAGGCCCAGCGGGCCGCCGGCGAGGCGCAGGCCGCCGCGCGGGACCUGGCCGGCCGGGCGCAGGAGAAGGCGCAGGCCGUGACGGGCGAGAUCCAGCAGCGGGCCGAGAAGCCGGCGCAGCGCCUGGCGCGGGGCGAGGGCGAGCAGACACAGAACCUGAAGGAGACCGUCGAGGGCGCCGUCAACCCGGUGCUCGAGUCGGUGGGCGCCGGCAAGCGGGUCAAGAUCAGCAAGGCCCAGCUGGACAGCCUGUGGGGCCGGUUCGUGGCGCUCAUGCGCGAGAUCACCGAGCGCGAGCGGAGCAAGCGCGUGUUCAACGGCCUCCUGGAGCUGCUGCGCCUGGUGCGCGACCAGGCGCGCGAGGUGGCCGAGCAGACCGGCGAGCAGGUGCAGGACGUGGGCGACGAGCUGCGCAACAGCAAGCACCUGCGCCGGUGCCUGCAGCUCUCGCGCGAGCUCUUCGAGUCGUUCACCAACAAGAAGCUCGACAAGCUCAUCCUCAACACCAACGGCAUCAUCGAGAUCAUCAACCGCGACCCGGCCGUGCGCGCCUACUUUGACGACCUGCGCGACUACAUGGCGCGCAUCCUCGAGCACCCGGAGCUGCUCAACGACGACGCCGCCAUCGAACGCGGCCGCGGCCUCAUCGAGCGCGGGCGCGAGCUGCACGAGGAGAAGCUGUACGGCCACGUGGCCAUGAUCUCGCGCGAGCUGCGCGGCAUCGUCGAGUCGGUGGAGCAGGACCCGGCCACGAUGCGCCUGCGCGAGGCCAUGCGCACCCUCGUGGGGGACCUCAUGCUCGACGCCUCGGGCAACUUCGUGUACAAGCCCGAGGUGCUCGACCAGCUCAAGGUCAUCAUCGUCAACUCGGUCGUGGAGCGCCUCAAGGUGCCCCUGCCCACCAUCAGCGUCGAGGGCAAGGACUUGGACUUUGAGGUGUCGGGCCUCGUGCUCAACGUGAGCGACGUCAUCCCGGAGCGCGUGCUCAUCGAGAGCCGCGGCAAGGUGCUCCUCGACCCCAAGCAGAUGGAGAUCGAGGGCGCCGCGCACGGGCUGCGCAUCACCAUGAACAACAUCAACAUCCACAUGCCCGACGCCCACCUCUGGUUCCGCCGCAAGUCCUUCCCCAAGGUCGAGGACGAGGGACGCGCCUCGCUCGACGUCGGCGGCCGCGGCCUCGACCUCAUCAUCACCCUCCGCACCCUCGCCAAGCCCCCCAACUUCUUCCGCGUGCAGCAGGUCGAGUGCAACGUCCACAACCUGGCCCUCUCGCUCAGCGACACCCGCCACGACUUCCUCUACAACUCGCUCCUCAAGAUGUUCUCCGGCACCGUCAAGAACGACAUCGAGUCCGCCAUCGAGGACAACAUCCGCGGCAACCUCGAUCAGCUCAACGUCCUCCUCAAGCACCAGUGGGAGAAGGCACAGCUCUCCGGCCAGCCCCUCCAGGAGUCCAUCCGCGCCGGCGUCGAGAAGGUCCAGAAGACCAUCGGCACCGUCGUGUAA